CUGCUGACUGUUCCCAUCCGGGUUUACGCGGAUCUUCCGGGUGUCUCUGACAGGGCUUUCUACGCCGCUUUUUCGGCGACUUUUUGGUCUUCCGCUUCUUGCCACUGCCCCCAACCUCCGACACCCUUGCUGACCCUGCUUGUCCCUGUCUCAUUGCUUCCCUGGCAGCCGCUCCCAGGACAGAUCGCGAGCGGAGCCGGUCCUAGCCAUCCCGCGGACCGCUACCUCUUUUGGCGCGGGCGAAAGCUACGAGCGAGCCAACCGGGCCGGGCAGUUGCUGCUUGGGCCUUGGAGCCCCGGGGAGGACUAUGCCGAUGGGCCCUGCCUAGCCGUUCCCCAAGGACACCUGAACAGAAGAGUCCUACGAGUCUCACAACUUCUGGAUGAUCCUCUCAGCUCUUUUUUUAAAACAGCAGUUAUUUCUUUAGAUUGCCUAUAAAGAGAAAUGGUAAAACGCAAGCUGAAUUGACAACUUGUUAACAGAUGUUUGGUGUACAGUUUUGUGAGGAAAGAAAUCACAACUGAUUACUGAGUUUGUGUGUUUAUAUUACAGGUAGAAGAAUAUAUGUGCACUUUUAGUGAUCAAGAGCAUGUUCCCAAACUCCUCAAUUUUGGGUCGCCCACCCUUCACUCCAAACCAUCAACAACAUAAUAACUUCUUUGCCCUGUCACCAACUCUUUAUUCACACCAGCAGCUUAUAGAUGCACAGUUCAACUUUCAGAAUUCAGACUUGUCUAGAACUGUGUCAUUACAGCAGUUGACAUAUGGAAAUGUCAGUCCAAUACAGACCUCAGCUUCCCCAUUAUUCCGAGGAAGGAAGAGAUUAAGCGAUGAAAAAAACCUUCCUCUUGAUGGUAAACGACAACGCUUCCAUUCACCCCACCAAGAGCCAACUGUAGUUAACCAGAUAGUGCCUUUAUCAGGUGAACGAAGAUACUCAAUGCCACCAUUGUUUCAUACACACUAUGUACCAGAUAUAGUCAGAUGUGUUCCACCUUUUCGAGAAAUACCAUUUUUAGAACCUAGAGAAAUCACACUGCCUGAGGCCAAAGAUAAGUUGAGUCAGCAGAUACUGGAAUUAUUUGAAGCGUGUCAGCAGCAAGUAAGUGAUUUAAAGAAGAAAGAACUCUGUCGAACACAAUUGCAGAGAGAAAUUCAGCUGUUAUUUCCACAAAGCAGACUCUUUUUGGUUGGAUCCUCUUUGAAUGGAUUUGGUGCCCGGAGCAGUGAUGGUGAUUUAUGCCUAGUUGUUAAAGAAGAACCAUGUUUUUUUCAGGUGAAUCAGAAGACUGAAGCACGGCAUAUACUCACCUUAGUCCAUAAACACUUCUGUACUAGACUUUCUGGCUACAUUGAGAGACCUCAGCUGAUUCGAGCAAAAGUGCCAAUUGUGAAGUUCAGGGAUAAAGUCAGUUGUGUGGAGUUCGAUUUGAAUGUAAACAAUAUUGUUGGAAUAAGAAACACAUUCCUUCUCAGAACUUAUGCAUACCUUGAAAAUCGAGUUCGUCCAUUAGUACUGGUGAUUAAGAAGUGGGCGAAUCACCAUGAGAUAAAUGAUGCCAGUCGUGGUACUUUAAGCAGCUAUAGUCUUGUAUUGAUGGUUUUGCACUAUUUACAAACCCUACCUGAACCCAUCCUUCCAUCCCUCCAAAAAAUUUACCCAGAAUCUUUUAGUCCUGCUAUCCAGCUGCACCUUGUACAUCAAGCUCCAUGUAAUGUUCCUCCUUACCUCUCAAAGAAUGAAUCAAGUCUUGGGGACCUCUUACUGGGCUUUCUUAAAUAUUAUGCUACAGAGUUUGACUGGAACAGUCAAAUUAUUUCAGUUCGUGAAGCCAAAGCCAUUCCAAGGCCUGAUGGUAUUGAAUGGAGAAAUAAAUACAUCUGUGUAGAAGAACCUUUUGAUGGAACAAAUACAGCCAGAGCUGUGCAUGAAAAGCAGAAGUUUGACAUGAUCAAGGAUCAAUUUUUAAAGUCAUGGCACAGAUUGAAAAACAAAAGAGAUUUGAACAGUAUACUCCCUUUAAGAGCUGCUACCCUGAAAAGAUGACUGGCCUCUAUUAAUAAAUUCUUCUGAGAUAUAAAGAACAAUAGUAAUAUCGUAACGCGUUUUGUUUACCUCUAUCAUGGUUUCUUAAUUGUUCUUGUUUCCAUGUUUUAUUUUUAAAAGGACAUAGUUACAUAAAGAUUGCAUAUUUUAUUAUAACAUUUCCUAAUAAAACUCUUUGAUUUAAAAAUGUAUUUUUGAAAAUGUUUUCUCCAGUAAUUAGUAUUAUUAUGGCAUGAGUUUUCAGGAGCUCAGGUACAGUAUUUUUGGGGAUAUUACCUGAACAAAUAACAAGUUUUCAUAUAACUUCAAUUAAUUAUACCACAUACUAACACUGAAGAGAUUUGUGGAAUUUUGGAAAGGGUUUGAUUCAUACUGCUUAAAGUGUAACCUACAAGUACAUCAGUUUGUUUUCCAAGUCUAUUCUAGUAAAGUGAAGAUUCAAAUCAGUUAUUCAGUUACUUGAAGCAGAAAGAAAUCUUUUAUUUCAGUUCAUAUUUCAGUGAAACACUGCAGAGGUAAGAAAUAACUGGACAAUUGCCUUAAGUCUUCACUUGAUUCACUGGGAUAGACUGAGGCUUUGGGAAUGUCUAUAUUAGUAUUUCAUUAGUACCUCACACUUUUGAUGUAUUCUUGAGAUUGCUUUAAAUUUUGUGUUGAAACAAUAAUACAUUUUGCACUGUAGUAAUAUGAACACUAACUGUGUUGUAGAACAGUUAGUGAAGUAUUUUAAAGAAUCAGUUCAGUGUAGACAUUUUGAAACGAAUUAAGCCCCUGUGCUUUAUAAUUGCUUAUUGCAAUGUGCACUUUUGCUUUACUUUCCGUUUUCCUGCUUUUAUUUUCCCUGUGACAAGUAGCAAGAGAAACUGAAAGAUCAAAGCUAUGAUUAUAUCCUAUUUAUAGUAUCAGUUUUUUUCUGUGUACAAUUAUAGGAUUGUAAUCUAAACUGGAAUUUUUAGGCAGUAAGCCACUACAAAAUGUUUUAAAUAAGAUAAAACAAGAUGAUUAUAAAUAAAAGCUUAAUGUUUGUAAAGAUAUCUUUUUUAGUAUUUCUUUUCCAUGAGAGAAGUAGUGGUAGCUGCUAAAACAAGCUACAAUGUUUAUUAAGGUGGUUUUUGAUUUAUGUAAAUAUUUGUAAAUUGGUCAGUGCCUGUAAAUUUAAAUAUAAAAAAAAGUCUUGAAAAGAGUUUUAACUUUUUCAAAAGGAUUGUGUACAACUUCUUUUGGACCUGCUGAAGCACGGUUUGAACCUCUAAUGGAUUUUUUUUUUGCAAACCAAUUCAAAUGCUAAAACAUUUGCUUUUCUUUCACUUGUAAAAGGUGCAUAUUUUCAUUUUCUUCAAGUUUAAAUUUUUGUAUGAUGUUAAAUGGAAUAAAGUUUGUACAUGGAAAUUGUUGAGGUGUUUUUUUCUGUGAAAGUCUUUCCUUUUGAGAUGAGACUGAGGCUCUAGUUAUCUUCUAAAACUGAACUGAAUCUAAUUAUAAUGUUGAUUAUUUAGAUUACACAGAGAAUCUUGGAAUCACAUUCAUUCUUGGUAAAGCCAUGUGUUCACAUUAACACCCAAUUUAUCUGGUAUUUUAGAAAUGAAGCUUUUCACAGGUGAAUUUUUUAGAUUACUGAUGCUUAGCACUUCUGAAGCAUUUAGGUUUUUUACACUCUUUUUCUUGGAACUUUUCCUAAAAAAUGUAUUCUACACCAUGCAAGCCUUCUUUAUUAGAAUGUAUUGAGUAUAAUUAAUAUUCUAGUGACACACCGGCUGUUUUAGUUUCCUAGCUGCUAAAACAAAUACCAUUUAAUGGGUUGGCUUAAUAACAGAAAUUUAUUUGGCCCACGGUUUCAGAGACUAGAAGCCUGCUUCCUCCCAGGUUUGGUAUUCUGACUGGCCGGCACUCUUUGGGGUUCCUUGGCUUUUCUGUCACAUGGCAAUGCACAUGGAGGCUGCUUCUCCUUUGUCUUCUGGGUACUGUUAAAUUCCAGCUUCUGGAUGCUCCCCGUGGUUUCUCCUUGCACAAUUCGUUUUGCUUAAAAGGAUUUCAGCCAUGCUGGAUUAAGGCCCAUCCUCAUUCAGUUUGGGCACACCUUUACUAAUAACAUCUUAAAAUGGGUGCGCACCCACAGGAUCAGGGGUUGGGAACAUGCCUUUUGUGGGGGACAUGAUUCAAUCCCUGACCCUGGGUAAUCAUUGUAAACAAUGAACACUAGUCAUAGUACUGUAUAGUAAUACUGUAAUAUUACCAUAAUAUCUCAGGGAUGGAUAAGUGUAUAGGACAUGCUACCUCUUUCGUAUUAUGACAUUUCCUAAUAAAGUCCCAGAAAUUACCAAACUGUGUGUGGACUCCUUCACUGCUACUGUUCUUUCUCAACUUCUAGUGACUCCACCUUUACUGCUACUUCCUUUUGGCUGUUUUGCUAUAACAAAUAGAUCAAGAAGCUAAUAAACUACCCUCAAUUCUAAAUCAGACUGAAGCCUAAGAUUUUGAGCCUUGUGAUAGGCCAAAUAUGUCAGAUAUGGGAGAAUUUUUUCAAUUUUUAAGUUAUUUUUGAUGUGAAUUAUUUAACUGUGUGGUGAUUAAUAAAUUAUUUUCUGUUUGUGC